GAAAAAAAAAAAAAAAGCAGAUGUGGCCGAUGGAGGAAAGCUGCUGCUCACACGCCCGUUCAGUGGGUUUCCUUUCUUGAGCUCGGCCGCACAGCGACUACGGCACUUGAGCGCUCGAUGGGAAAUGGCGCUCGUCGAGGUCUUCGGGGUCAUGUAUUUCACUGCGGUUUGUGCGGCUCUGGAUUAUGCGGAUUAUGAGGACGUCACCGCCAUGUUCAUGGACGGAACCAGAGGACCGUCGCCUGACAACUAUUCCAUCAGCGCCACCGCCACGCUCAGCGACACGUUCCCCACCAGCGAAGCGGCGACUGAGCCCCAGACCGUCUAUGAGCCUCCGGUCCCAUCACUGCACCUGCUGUCCCCCUGGGGGGACGUGUUCCCCUUUGAGAAAGCAGCGUUUGAGUGUCGUGUCAAUGACAGCGCUGACUGGACGUUCGGUUGGUACAGAAAUGGGCAGCGAGUGCAAGAGGAAGACCAAAACGUGUCUUUUAAUUCGUCGCGCCGAGCGGCACUCACGCUCACUGCAGCAUCUCAGGCGUACGCCGGACUUUACUUUUGUAAAGCUCAUCACAAACUAAAGGGCGAGUCCACCAAUAGUAACCCACUUGAACUGAAAGUGUAUGCAAACAGGCCCACGCCAGCGUUGGUUCCGCAUCCAAAUUUGGAGCGAAUGUUCCCCGGAGAAUCGGUCACCUUCCUGUGCGCUGUCAACAUGUCCUCUGGAUGGGACUAUCUGUGGUACCACAAUGACAAGGAAGUCCAAGGAUGUCACAAUAACAAUUGUAAAAUAGUUUCUUUAGCGCUCUCUGACAGUGGACAAUACCACUGUAAAGCCAAGAGGGGGGAAAGUCCUUUCUACACAGAGCAGAGUAAAACAUUAAGCCUGCAGGUGUCUGAACCACCCACACCGACUCUCAAGUUGAGGACUUCCUGGUCAGACGUCUUCCAAAUGGAAAGCGCGGAGCUGACUUGUGACGCGGGCGGCCCCGAGUGGACAUUCACUUGGCACAGAGACGCGACGGCGCUCCGGGAGGACCCGGCGCUGGUCCUGAGCUCGGGGGGAGCUCUUCUGAACAUCACCUCGGCUUCUCAAGCCCACCGGGGAGGAUAUACCUGCAAAGCGCACCUCGAGUCCAGGAGAGUCACCUCUGCUUUCAGCAACACAGAAAACAUCACAGUUUAUGAAAAUAUCCCGAAACCGUCCCUGAGCAAGGAUCCUGUUUUGAACUCAAUGUACGUUGGCGAAAACACUACAUUCACCUGCAAAGUCCAUGUGGGCUCCGGAUGGCUGUACCACUGGUUCAGAGACGGAACGGAGCUGGCGGUCGCCGACCGGACCCUUGGGAUCCACCUCAGCCCUCGUGACACCGGGGCCUACUGGUGCAAGGCCACCAGAGGCCAAAGAACGUCGACGGACAUCAGCGAGCACAUCACUCAAGAUGUUCUCGGAAUACCUCUUCCAUCUUUGACGCUAAGCAGUCAGUGGGCCGACGUGUUCCCCACCGAAAGCGUGACAUUGAGCUGCGCGAUGGCCGACGAUUCCGGCUGGACGUAUACGUGGCGUCGAGACGACGCAGCAUUGCCCGGCGACGACGCGGUGUCAUUUGGGCCAGGUGGAGCCAACCUGACCAUCGGCUCGGCUUCGGUCUCUCACCGAGGACGAUACAGCUGCUCGGGGAAGCUCCGGGGCAGGUCUGUUAGCAGCAAAUUCACAUCUGGAAUGACCCUCAGUGUUUACGACAACAAACCCAACGUCAAAUUGGAGCACGACCCAGAACACAUGGUCAUGCACACAGGAGAUUCCGUCUCCUACAGCUGUCAUGUCAACACCUCCUCUGGGUGGGAGUAUGUGUGGUACAAAGAUGACACUCAGCUCAGUGUAUCGGGAAAGAAUUACACCAUAAAUUCUGUGAGGAAAUCAAACAGUGGAUCAUACAAAUGUCAAGCAAUCAGAGGGGAAACUACUGGUAUCUUCAAGACGGAACAAAGUCAGGCUUUAAGGCUCCGAGUUGAAGAACGGCCAUCAGCAAAUAUAAUCGUGUUAACUGGUUGGUCCGAGGUCUUUGCCACUGACAGUCUCAUGCUUAAGUGUGAGGUGAAAGGCAGUGAGGACAUGUGGAACUACACAUGGUUCACCAAAGGGGAACGGCUCAUGAACUCGUCAUCCGACAAAUACACGGUUACGCCUCAAAAUGACCCUGAGCAGAGCCAAUACAUUUGCCAGGGUAUUCGCAGCGGGCGGCCUUCGUACUCCAAAGCCAGUGAUCCACUCGCAACUAGGAACCUGUUACUGAAGAGGCGGGUGCUCCUUUCCAUCUCUGGCUGUAUCUUCUUCGGCAUCGUUGCCGUUUUCUUCGGCUGCCUUGUUCUCAGAGUCACCAGAAAACCAGCGGACGAUGUUGAAGGGCCAGAGGAGGGCGAGCUCUUCCUCACCAUGGCUCAGCUCAAGGACCGCGAUGAUGCUCCUUGUCCACUGGUUGAUUACAUCACAGAUGUGGAAUUAAAUCCUCCAGCAAAAGAACAAGCGGACAUUAUUCGCACUGAAGCAACAGUAACGUCACAAGAUGACCAAGCUGUGACGACGAAGAGCAGUGAAAGACUUCCAGAGGUGGAAGGCGCUCUGGUUUCCUUUCAGCGCUGAGCCGCCAAAUAUGUUUGUGUUAAAGUAUUUGAAACCUUCAUGGAUCCGCCAUGGAAAAAGUUUGUGAACAUAAGAACAUGUCGUUGCUGUCGGGCGGAAUCCUCACAUCUACCAAAUCACUGCUUUUCACGACUGUGGUUACAUUAUCUUUCCAAACUCUUUUUCAAAGCUCUUGGAGCCAUGAGUGAUGCAAUAAAUUUAAAAAAAUAGCUGACUAACUCAUGUAUUAGGCGGAUAUAAAUCUGCAAACAAAUUUACCUUUGUGGCUGACCAGUUCCUUCUGCCCCAAAGCAUUACAGUGAUCAAUUUUAAUGACUUCGGGAUGGACCAAUAGUAUUGAUUUGUGAAAAAAUAUUAAAUUUACCAUCAUUGGUCAUACGAGGUUUCCGACCAACAGCGAUGAUAUGAGCGUGGGCAUCAGUGAAAAGAGAAACUAUUUAACUGGUGGUGCAAAUGAAAAGUCAAAUGUCCACUGAUAAAGACGGUAAAUUAUAUUAUUUGCUUUGAAUUGUAUUUUUGUUAAUGAACUCAUUUAGGUACUGUUAAAAUAUUGUGGAACAUUACUUUCAUACCGUACUGUAUAAUGUAAGCCGAGUGCUGUAUACACAGUUAUUGCAACAAACACCAGAUUAGACAGUUAUGAUAAAGUCAAAGGACAGGAACUGUGCCUUUAAUGUGAAUGUGACACCAGUUUGUUCUCUGUCUGUCUAAUGUGACUUGUUGAAUAAAAUGUGAUGAAUAAAGCUACAAUAAAAUAAAAAUAAAAAAGAAAUA